AACCAGAGGACUCCUCGUAGCCAUGAACUGGAGAAAAGCGGCGCAGGAAAACAAAAAGAAAAUCAUUGUUGGUGUCUUGGCUGUAGCGAUCGUAACUUUAAUCUUUGGUCUCGGACUUGGUCUUGGACUGGAACUGCAGAGAUGUAAAGAUAAAGGCGUCCCACAAACAUCCUGCAGGAACAGAUGUUACGAGCCCUUUGACGAUGAGGUCCCAGGUUGCAGAUGUGACGAGAACUGCGUUCUCAGCAAGAGCUGCUGUCACGACUACUAUGACCUUUGCACCCUUCCGACCGAGCAGUGGAAAUGCACGAAGCUGCGCUGCGGUGAGAAGAGGCUGACGGAGAGCAAAUGUCACUGCUCUGAAGACUGCCUGCUGGCAGGAGACUGCUGCACAAACUACAAAAAUGUCUGCCACGAAGAGAAGGAGUGGGUGGAGGACGUCUGCGAGGACCUGUCAACCCCCAAAUGCCCAGCCAGCUUCAAGCGUCAGCCGCUGAUCCUCGUCUCCCUGGAUGGACUGAGGGCGGAGUACUUGCAGUCGUGGAGCACUCUCGUCCCUGUUUUGGAUAAACUCAGAAAAUGUGGAACGUCAGUUCCGUUCAUGCAGGCAGCAUUUCCAAGCAAGACUUUUCCUAAUCACUACACGAUUGUUACGGGCCUGUAUCCAGAGUCCAAUGGUUUGAUUGACAACAACAUGUACGACCCCGUGUUCAAUGCUAGCUUCAGCCUGUCCAGUCCUGAGAAAAACAACCCCGCCUGGUACCUCGGGCAACCCGUUUGGCACACGGCACGGUACCAAGGUCUGAAGUCUGGGACUUUCUUCUGGCCUGGAUCAGACGUUAAAAUCAAUGAAAGUUUUCCCAACAUCUACAAACCUUAUGAUGGUAAAGUGCCAUUUGAGGAAAGAGUAUUUACUGUCCUAAAGUGGCUGCAGCUGCCAGACAAUGAAAGACCAGAUUUCUACACCUUGUAUUUGGAGGAGCCUGAUAAAUCUGGGCACAGCUUUGGUCCUGUCAGUGGAGGGGUUAUUUCAUCCAUCCAGGCUGUGGACAAGAUAAUGGGUCAGCUCAUGAAUGGCCUGAAGCAGAUUGACCUCCACCGCUGUCUGAACAUCAUUAUUGUUGCUGAUCAUGGUAUGGAAGAAACCAGCUGUGACAGGAAGGAAGUCAUGGAAGAACUGGUUGGCGAUACCAACAAUUAUGUGGUUACUGAGGGGCCGUUUGGACGCAUCAGAGCCAAGAAUGAAAACACCAUCUUGGACUCGGAAAGACUUGUAUCCAAAAUGUCUUGCAAGAAGCCAGACCAAAAGAUCAAGCCAUACCUCAAAGCCAAUCUACCCAAACGCCUUCACUUUGCCAGCAGUCGUCGCAUUGAAGAUGUCAACGUUCUGGUUGAAACUAAAUGGCUCUUUGAGAGAGCUCCAGGAUCUCUCACGUUCUGCUCUGGUGGUAAUCACGGCUACGACAAUGAUGUCGAGAGCAUGCAUGCCAUGUUUCUCAGCUACGGACCCAAAUUUCAUCAAAAAACAACCAUUGAACCGUUUUCUAACAUUGAGCUGUACAAUCUCAUGUGUGAUGUACUAGAGAUCUCUCCUGUUGACAACAAUGGGACCCAUGGCAGCAUGAAUCACAUCCUGAGGAAGCCUUACUACACGCCAACGUCCCCAGCAGAGCAGAGUAGGCCAACGCAGUGCCCGCUGGUCAGCCUAGACCCUGUGGAUGACUUGGGAUGCUCCUGUCCAGCUCUGCCUGAAAACAUCAACAGCCGUUUGAAUCUAACAGCAGAGCAGAUAUCUAUGGAGGAGAGGAAACACAUGCUGUUUGGUCGUCCUCAAAUGCUGCAGCCUGAUCGGAGUUACUGCGUCCUCCACCAUGAGGGGUUCAUCAGCGCCUACAGCCAUGAGGUCGUUAUGCCUCUGUGGAGCUCCUUCACCAUUUCAAAGCCUACCAGUUUAGAUCCACUGCCACCAGUGACUCCAGACUGCCUGAGGGCUGAUGUGAGACUGCCAGCCCUUCAGAGUCCUAGAUGUGACGACUAUGUCGCUGCUGAGAACUGGACCCAGGCCUUUUUAUAUCCACCCAAUCUAAAUGUAACAGCAGACCAGCAGUUUGAUGCUUUACUCGUGAGUAAUGUAGUCCCGAUGUACCCAGAGUUCAGAAAGAUCUGGGAUUAUUUCCACAAAACUUUGCUAAAGAAAUAUGCCUCUGUAUACAAUGGCAUCAACGUGGUGACUGGUCCUGCCUUUGAUUACAACUAUGAUGGCCGAUACGACACUCAAGAACAAAUACAACAGUUUGUGCCCAACACAAACAUUUCCAUACCCACACAUUACUUCAUUGUGCUGACCAGCUGCAAGAAUCCAGGUCAGUCAGUCAGUGCGUGCAGUGGCGAGCUGCAGACCGCGUGCUUCCUGAUCCCCCACAGAGCUGAUAACAUGGAAAGUUGCAAAAGUGCAGAUGAUGAAUCCCACUGGGUGGAAGAUCAUAUUUGGUUUCACCAGUCGCGGGUCCGAGACAUUGAAUGGAUCACAGGACUGGACUUUUAUCAGGGCAGUCACAGGCCAGUCCAAGAACUACUAAUGCUGAAGACCCGCCCAACAGCCGCUAUUCAAAGGAAGCAAUAAAAUAACAUGCAAGCAAACUCAACACAGCCUAGAAUACAGAAUUU